UAGUGGGGCAUAUUACGAACGACGUUACAGAAGUGGCCACGCGAGUAGGAGGAAACCGGAGGAAACGAUUCAGUGUUGAGCGAGCCGCGAUUGCGUUUCGAAGAACGUCAUCAUCGUUGUAGUCGUCAACAACAUCGUUGUCGUGAUUCCAAUGGGAUGACAUAAGCAGGACACGUUUCGAAUCGUCCCGAUCGUGUCGUCCGAUUACGCGAGAUCUCCCGUAGGACGAGUACUAACGGAACGGAGUGACCUGAUUAAUGGUCCGAAGAGAACGACCUCGAAAACGUACCGCGUUAGAAUCGCUUAGAAUCUAUUAGAACGCGACGGUGAAAAAUUGAUUCGGGACUCUCGACGAUGAACGCGUUAAUUUGUCCGAUUUUACGCGGAAAUUUACGGGCGAUAAGUGUUUCUGGUGAAGGAAGCUGCGAUUAACCGACGCAUUUAUCGUCCUCGGUUUCCGCCGGAGUCGGUUGGUACAAGCGAUUGAAUAAAUAAUGACUAACAUGAUUUAUAUUUAUACGCGACCGAAAUGUGGGAGAAUCUGUGUUUUAUUAAUUCCUUUGACAAAAUUAUAAAGUGUAAAAUGUCUUUCUUCGAGAUACGCACGAUGGUGAUUCAACGUUAGGAACACAUUUCAAGUAACCGACGAAACCCAUGUUGUUAACUCUAAGGUCGCACGCAUAUAACACGCGCGUUUGUCGCUCGUGGGAAGCCGAUCCUCAGGUUCGCACGUACACGAAACAUAUUUUCGUUCGCAAGAGAAUACGUAAUACAUGAAUACCAAGUUAUACAGUCCAUUCUCCUUCACUCGAAAAGAUUCGCGUCGCAAAACAAAAUAAAAGUGCAGAUUUAAAACGUGCAUUCAUGCACGUAGACUUGGAAAUAGAGGCAGGUGAAAUCGUUUUAAUGGAAAAAAGUUACUGCGAAAAGCACGAGCCGCGAAAAAGAUUUUCAAUUCGAUAAGGAGUGUUUUCGUUCUCUUAAAUUCGACGAAAUUUCGACAGCGAAUUCAGCUUUCGAUUCAGAAAUGUAAAUCUUGCGGUGAGAUAUUACGAGCAUUACGACAGCUAAUUACUUUGAUGACAGAGCAAGAAGCAGCUCGCGAUUCAGGAGAGGCAGAGGAAACGACGGAACAGCCGACACAUGUAGCAUUCGGGCAUCGGUAUAAUGAAGCCGUCCAUGAAGAUGGGAGUGAUCGCUUUGAUAGGGAUCUGCGUAGUUUUUUAUCAGUAUCACCUGUCCACCGGUGUUACUUUCGAUCAAGUAACGGCCUUCAAUGCGGACACUUCCGCAGAAGAAGCCGGGGAUUUGCCGAUCGGUGAAGAGGGCGAUAACUACAGCAAAACCCCGAGGAUCUCCGAGGACAUGAUUCGGUAUGCAGUGUACCGAGUACAAAUCACCAACGGCCUGAGUCCGGAGAUCAGCUCGAUGCUCGUGCAAGAGCUUAUCAGUCAGUUAAGCAAAAACCUCUCGGCGGCCUCCAGAAAUAAUUCCAAACUUUCGCCUUUGCAAUCGCAACCGCCCGCAAUGACAAUGACACAUAAGACGGUACCGCCGAAUCCUCUCGAAGUAUUCCCCGAGGAAACCCUCUAUAUUAUCACGCCGACAUAUCGAAGACCCGAACAAAUUCCUGAACUCACGAGGAUGGCGCAUACCUUGAUGUUAGUCAAAAAUGUGCACUGGCUCGUUAUCGAGGACGCUACCGUCGCUACCAAGCAAGUUACCAAAUUAUUGGAACGGACGGGCUUAAAGUUCGAUCAUUUAAUCGCUCCGAUGCCGGAGAAAUAUAAACUCAAGAAAGGUGCGAAGCCGCGUGGAGUGUCCAAUAGAAAUCGCGGUUUGCAGUGGAUCAGGGCGAACGCCACGAGAGGCGUGUUCUACUUCGCCGACGACGACAAUACUUAUGAUAUUGAGCUUUUCGACGAGAUCCGUAAGACGAAGACGGUGUCGAUGUUUCCGGUGGGGCUAUGCACCAAGUUCGGACUGAGCUCACCCAUCCUGAAGAACGGCAAGUUUGCCGGGUUCUACGACGGCUGGGUAGCCGGCCGGAAGUUUCCGGUGGACAUGGCCGGGUUUGCUGUGAACGUUAAGUUCCUGCAUCAGCGGCCCAACGCCAGCAUGCCGUUUCGCGCGGGUUACGAGGAGGACGGCUUCCUGAAGAGCCUGGCGCCGUUCGAGCCGCGGGACGCUCAGCUCCUGGCGGACAAUUGCACCAAGGUGCUCGCCUGGCAUACGCAGACGAAAAAGAACGAGCCGGGCGCGGCGCUGGACAUGAAGCUGUACGGCGCGACGAAUCUGGUUAAGCUCAAGCAGCAGAUAGUAUGAUGCCGGUCGAUGCGACGACGAAAAACGCGAGGACUCGUAUCUGAAUCUUGUGUGAUCCCGCCGCCCCUCCUUCGCACUAGUUCAUCGGAUAUCACACUCCAAGGGAAUUCCUAGGUGCGGAAAACUGUGCGAUUCAGUGCCUAAAGUAUCUGCCCUCUCUCUCUGUCGGCGAGAGCGGGACCGUUAUUAUUACCUUUAAGCGUAGCCAGUAAAAACGAUCGUUUUUUUAUCAGCUUUUACACAUCCGCAACUAGUUCACCCCGAAGAUGGUUCGCCCUUACAAUUAGUUUGAGGAAGAAACCUGCGGGGGGAAUAAUAGGAUCCGGAGUAACGCAUCAGCCGUAAUGAUAGAAAUUUACGCUUAUGUUAGAAAGUUCAAAAUCGUUUCUCUUUUCUUAUUUCCUAUAAUAUUUUAAUUUUGUAAACGUGAAAAAAGAGCCGAAUUUUUUCGUUGGGAUGAAUAAUCGACGAAAAUACGAGGUGGUUACUGACCGAAGGUUGUGCGGUUUCGAAUCAUUUCUAACGCGUAAAUAUGAGAACUCGCACACUCUGUAGAUGAAAGACCAAAGAAAACAAACGGAUCACUCGCUGUAACGCUAAGCUCUUAUUAUCUUUAUUCUACCUGAGGAAUUCGUUCCGCGAAAAUUCUAUAAAUAUAGAUUGUCUGUUCUAUUCCAUUGUAUUCCAUUAGCGAAGUUCCAUUCCUAAACUUACUCUUAUACAAGAUGUAAGGUCAAAGAUGAUUUGACCAAAAAAGAGUGAAAAUAUCUGAAGCGAUCACGUAAUUCUACUUUCAAGUAAUUUUACGCUCCUCAGAUUCACGAUUGAUCGGUCUCUCAGCUCGUGAACCGUUCGUUAAUGUAGUUACCAUGAUGUUUAACAAUCGUUAGAUUGUCGUCUAAUCCUGCCCCGUCUCUUUACGCGAUUAGCAAGUAUAGAUGAUUACGAGGUAGAGAGUUAGAGCAAGUCCCUUCAUAAGAAUUCCUCGUAUCUUCAAAAGAUUACAAAAGAAUAAAUUCAAAGCGUGAAAAUAUACAUAUGAAAAUUGAAGUUUAAUGCUUUAAAGUUUGUCGAGAAUGAUUAGGAUUACUAUUUACGAGGAUUUCUGAUCAAGGAAAUCUCUUCGAUAGAUAUUUCCGAUUGAAAAAUGUGAAGUUUGGAAUGUAUGAGAGAUACAUUUCGUUAAAUAUCUUUGAUUACUUGUAUAACUUUCUUUAGGAAUAUUUUCUUGUUUUUUUUUUUUAAGGAAUCGCGCGGUUACAAUACGAAUAAAUAAGAUCUAAAUAAAAAAAGAUUGCAGAAUCCGCAACAGGCAUAUCGUUAUCAUGGUCCGAAUAAAAUCAGAAGAAUCUGAAAAGUUAAUUUAUGAACUGAACAUACAUCAACAAGAAUACUUAUGUACAUACGACAAAUGUUAUUUGCUACAAGUAUUCUCGCUUCUAUUUGACUGAAUAGGAAUAUUUUUAAUUACCGAAUUGCGCUCUUUCAUUUCCAUUAUAAUACCGAUUAUAAUAUGUUUAUUUUAUUAUAACAAAUAUAUCGAUUAUAAUUUAUUUUCUUAUAACAAAUAUAUCAUAUAUUUGUUUAUUUUAUUAUAUUGUGAGAUUAUAAGCAAAAUAACGGAUUAUAAUCAAACAGAUGAGUGUUGCGUUAUCGACAUGUGUGCGUGUGUGUGCGUAGGAAAUAUGUACUUCCUAGAAACAUAAUAUUUAAAAAGCUACAUUUGACUUCUUGCACAAUAUAGUUCGCGCGAAUCGCGCUUUUAAAGACCCGAUCUCUUUUAGAAUUAAAAAAAAAAAAAAAAAAAAAAAAAAUAAAAAAAA